UCAAGGGUUCACAACGAUAUGUUGCCAGUUGCUGGCCUUUGCACUACACCCACCUCAUGAGUAGAAGGCUAUGUAACCAAUGCACUGCAGCCAUUUGGUUCUGGGGUUUCCUGGACGCAGCAGUUCAUGCGGCUGUCGCCUCCAAGCUGUCGUUCUGUGGGGUCAGCCAGAUUCCCCACAUCUACUGUGAUGUCCCACCACUAAUAGAAAUUGCUUGCAGUGACACACAUGUUAACGAAGUGAUUAAUCACAUCACAAGCACUUUUGUGGCCCUGGUGCCCUUCCUCUUCAUCUUCAUUUCCUAUCUCUACAUCCUGGCCUCCAUUCUGCACAUCCGUUCCAGCACCGGCCGGCGCAAGGCUUUCUCCACCUGUGGGUCUCACAUCACCGUGGUCACCCUCUACAUUGGAAAUGCGCUUCUGAAUUACAACCGCCCCAUCGCUGGCUACUCUUUGGAGGUCGACACUCUGGUCUCCACCAUGUUCUGCAUCGUCACCCCCAUGCUGAACCCCCUCAUCUACAGCCUGCGCAACCGAGAGGUGAAGGACGCCCUGAGGAAGAUGCUGGGGGGGCAGAAGAAGGAGCGUGCGUCCUCUCACAAGCCAGCGUCCUCCUCACCCUCUCGUCCAGUGGACGACCACUUCCAAAAUCCUUUAGCCAAGCACAAAGGCCAUGCUGGGACAGAUAGUUAA